UUUAUCUUUCCUCAGACUCGCAGCUCCAGCUUUCUUCGAUUGCCGCUCAAACUUCACCAGUCUUUCUAUAGUCUUUUUGUCUUCUGCUUCAGUUUGAGUCUAUCAAUGGAGGAUUCUAAGUUGAGUUCUUCAAGUGUCAUCAUAGGGACAGAUGAAAGCUGUACAAUAGCCCUUGAACUUUCUGAAAAUGACCCCUUCUUUGAUAAAAAGAAGAAUUUACUGCAUAAUAAGGGUUUUCAUAUCCGGGAACAUGUACAGCUCAAAAGCUUGACAUGUCCUGAUUCGAUUGCUACCACCUUGGAAAAAAUGCUUCAGAUAGCAAGAAUCACUCACUUAGAUGAGAUAGAACUUUAUUUUGGCGAAAUUGAUGAAUGUUCAUCAGUGGAAUAUUGUAGCCCCAGAAAUGAGGUGGAAGCUCUUAACUCAAUCCUAGCACUUGUUAACAGCAUGCUGUCUCGUAAAACACGCACGGAAAUGAAUGUCUUGCAAGCCUUACGAGAUGCAAUUGUUGAUAGGUUUGAGGAAUUUGUGGACAAGAACAGAGAGGAGGCUAGAAUAGAUAAAAGCUAUAUUUGUGACAAGGAAAAAAGGGUAGCCGAAUGGGGUGAAAUCAAUGGCAUAAAAUCAAAACUGGAGAUUGUAUAUGUUGAAGGAGCUGGUAGAGGAGCCAUUGCAACAAAAGAUCUGAAAGCUGGGGAUGUUGCCAUGGAGAUUCCUGUGUCUAUUAUAAUUUCUGAGGAGCUUGUACAUCAAUCUGACAUGUAUCAUAUUUUGGGGAAGCUUGAUGGGAUUUCCUCAGAGACUAUGUUAUUGUUGUGGAGCAUGAAAGAGAGGCAUAAUAGUAAUUCAAAAUUCAAGGUCUACUUUGAUACACUACCAAAAGAAUUUAAUACAGGGCUGAGCUUUGGAGUUGCUGCAAUCAUGGCUUUGGAUGGAACUUUGCUAUUAGAGGAGAUAAUGCAAGCAAAAGAGCACUUGCGCAUCCAAUAUGAUGAGUUGGUUCCUGCACUAUGCAAUAAGUAUCCUGAUGUAUUUCCACCAGAGCUCUAUACAUGGGAGCAGUUCUUAUGGGCUUGUGAACUCUGGUACUCAAAUAGCAUGAAAGUCAUGUUUCCUGAUGGAAAGCUAAGGACUUGUUUGAUUCCUUUUGCAGGCUUCCUUAACCAUUCACUCCACCCGCACAUCAUUCACUAUGGCAAAGUAGAUUCUAUGACAAAUACAUUGAAAUUCCCACUGUCAAGGCCUUGCCUCAUUGGAGAACAAUGCUGUCUUAGCUAUGGGAACUUCUCCAGUUCACAUCUAAUUACAUUCUACGGUUUCUUACCACAAGGAGACAAUCCAUAUGAUGUAAUUCCAUUAGAUUUUGAUGCUGGUGAGCCAGACUCUAUGGAGGAUUGCCCUGUGUCCAGCCAAACUACACACAUGGUCCGUGGUACUUGGCUCUCGAAGAAUCAUAAUAUAUUCCAUUAUGGUUUGCCAAGUCCAUUGCUAAAUUUUCUUCGGAGUGCUCAGGGCCUUACACUGCACAACAUGACCAUUACGCGAUCAAACUUGGAAAUUGAAAUGCAAAUUCUGGAAGACCUGCAGUCCACUUUCAAUAACAUGAUGGAAAAUCUCGGGGACGCUGACCUCGUUGAUAGAGAUAAUUUAUCUUCCGCAAACAACAAUGGAGCCUUACCUUUGAUAUGCAAACCAUUUUCCUUUUAUGAAGAGAGGUGUUAUGUUAUAGUGACAGAGAAACCGCUGCUUGGGAUGUUAAGCUGGCAAUAGAAUUUAAAGAUCUGCAAAGAAGAAUUGUCUCCUCCAUUGUAACUUCAUGUGAUGCUGGUAUCAAGUUGGUGCAACAUGAAUUAUCUAAGUGGACAGCUGAGGAGUGAGCUUGGAUAAAGCAUGGCAGACGAUCUCAAAAUGUGGUAUGUACUGCAGAUGCUUGUGCAUUAGGACUAUGCCACAAGGUCAAUGACCUGUCAGAAUCUCUACUAUUAUUUUUUUUUUAUGUUUGGAAAUCUUAAAAUUGCUAGAAUUGUUUUAUUUUAUUAGAAAAAAAAUUCAAA